UUGGGAGAGAGAGGGUUGCCUAUUCUCUCUCUCUUGCUCUCCCUCUCCUUUUUUAUUUCAGCUGAUCACAUCUGGAAAGGAUCUAACUCGGGAAGGGGAGAAAGUGUUCGGCACUUGAAGUGAAUGUAAUUGACAUGGCAUGAGCAAACACAGCAUUUUUGGGGGGGACCAGAGAAACACUGUUCUCCAGAUACUUCCAUCCCUAUCAACUGAGCAGAGUGGCAAUGUCCCUGCAGUACAGAUCCCUGUUUCCUGUGCUGUGGUUGUUGGUGCUCGGCUCCAGCAGGAUUCAAGGGCAGAAGAAUGAAGACAGCAAUGAGUUCACAGAAAAUUCAUCUGAACUGCUUGAUCUGGAACACAAUUCCUUGGCUCCACAGUGUCCGAAGAAAUGUGCUUGCAGCCCAGAAGGAAUUGUGGAUUGUGGAGGGUUUUCAUUGAAAGAAUUUCCCAUAGAUAUACCGGAACAGACAAACCACCUUUCCUUACAGAAUAACCAGAUAGAAGAAAUAUUUCCAGAAGAGCUUGCCCGUCUCUCCAAACUAGAAACGCUGAACUUGCAAAACAACCGUCUCACUUCCAAAGGACUUCCAGAGGAGAUAUUUGACCAGCUGGAAAAUCUGAAUUAUCUCUACCUUGCAAAUAACCAGCUCACAGGGGCUCCAAAAUUCCUCCCAAGGACUUUGAUCAGUGCAGAUUUUGCAGCCAACAAUCUCACAAGGAUUUAUGAUCUCACAUUUGGACAGAAGCCGAACUUGAGGUCGGUGUAUCUCCACAAUAAUAAACUUGAAGACCCUGGAUUACCAGAGAACAUGUUCAAUGGCUCUGACAACGUGGAGGUCUUGAUCAUGUCCAGCAAUUUUUUAAAAUAUGUUCCCAAGAAUCUGCCACGAGCACUGUAUAAGCUGCAUUUGAAGAAUAACAAGUUGGAGAAGAUCCCCAAAGGAGCAUUCAGUGAGCUCUUAGGACUUCGAGAGUUGUAUCUGCAGAACAAUAAACUAACAAACGAGGGCAUGGACAAUGAAACCUUCUGGAAACUGUCAAGUAUGGAGUAUCUGGAUUUAUCCAGCAAUAACCUCUCUCACAUCCCAAGUGGCUUACCUAGAAACAUUGUCCUUCUCCACCUAGAGAAGAAUGCCAUUAAAUCAAUCGGCAAGGAUGUCUUAACACAGAUCAAAAAUCUGGAAUACCUUCUUCUUCAUAAUAACAAAUUGAAGGCUCGUGGGAUCCAUCCCCAGGCUUUCCAGGGUCUGAAGAAACUGCACACUGUCCAUUUGUAUAACAACCAGCUGGAAAAGAUUCCCAGUGGGCUACCCAGGCGGGUGAAAACUCUUAUGAUUCUGCACAACCAGAUCUCAGAAAUUAGCAGGAAUGAUUUUGCUACCACUUAUUUUAUGGAGGAACUAAACCUGAGUUACAACAAGAUCAUCAGCUCACAGAUUCACCGGGAAGCCUUCCGUAAGCUGAGGUUAUUGAAAUCCUUGGACAUUUCAGGGAAUAACCUUCAAACCAUGCCUUAUGGCUUUCCAAAGAACCUGCUAAGUCUGAAGCUAAAAGUGAAUGAAAUCAGCUCCAUUCCCAAGGGCACCUUAUCUGGAAUGUCAAAGCUGCAGGAGCUGUAUAUGAGUAACAACAAACUCAAAGUCAGCUCAAUUUAUCAUGGAUCAUGGCGGGACCUCACCAGCCUCAAGACAUUAGAUAUGGCUGACAACCAAUUGACUUCUAUUCCUUAUGAUUUGCCAGAAUCCUUAGAGUAUCUUUACCUCCAGAAUAACAGGAUCACCACUGUGCCAGAAGAUGCCUUUGAAUCCACACCCAACAUAAAAGGAAUCUAUCUCAGGUUUAACAAGAUUGCAUUCAAUGCAGUAAAAGAAAGCACCUUUCAAAAACUGAAGCAUUUGCAAGUUUUGGACAUUGAAGGAAACUUUGAAUUCAGUGACCCUUGGAAAAAUGUAGAUCAUUCUGAGGAAGACAUGGAAGAAGAAGAGGAAGAGGAAGAACAGGAGCUGGAAGAAAAAUGAAAGCAAACAUUGUGUGUAUUAUAUGGUGGAAGAUUACCUUUAAUGCUACACUGUCUCUUUCCUUGACCCACCUUCCUGUGACCAAAAGUCUCUUUAUGACCCAAUCUUGUGAGCAGCGAACAAAUAAAUGUAUAAUGAGACAUAAAUCUAGCAAUAUUACAAGGUGAUCAGGAUUUGGUGCAAGGAUCACAAUACUUUUACCAACACAGUACUGUCAAUUCUAUCAUGGCUUUGACAAGGCAUAGAUAAUCCAUGGUUAUUGUGCCAUAUGUUGACUGUGCAUUAUUUGUGAUUACACCAGUUUCAUUCAGGAUUUUGUAGCUCACAUAUAUGCACAAUUAAAAAACAACCUGCAGGUACCCUAUGAUAGUAUUCAUGAUGCAACCAGUCUCUGCACUGUACUUGUGACAGCACAUAUAUAGGUGUUUUUCUGAGGCUGCUUCUCAACAUAGAAAGCUGCCUUGUACUGAUGGAGCAAUUUAGUUCAGAAUUGUCCACAGCAUGCUGACUAGCAGGGGCUCCAUAAGGCUUCGCAUUAGGGGUAGGGUAGGGAUACUAAGGGUUGAACCAGGGUAAAGCAGAGAGGUUCCCCCAUCUCUGGAAAUGAGCAACAGCCCUUCCCCAUUCUCUAACACUUUCUUUUUCCAAGGAGCAGUAAAACCGGGGUCUGGAUAUUCUUUGUGACUGAACCUCUACCAGGCAAAAUAUUUAGGAGUAGUUUGCUCCACAGCAGCCACAGAUACAUAAUGAGGAGUCCACACAUACUGACAUGGAAAUGCCUCCAAACCCUUUUUGCAGUCCACAAGGCCUGAUGGGCUGGCAGCACAUCGACACCAGUGCCUUGUCUUCUUGGGUGUCGUUGCUGGUCUUUUACUGUCUAGACCAGGCACAGGCAAACUUCGACCCUCCGGGUGUUUUGAACUUCAAGUCCCACAAUUCCUAACAGCCUACCAGCUGAAGGGCCAAAGUUUGCCCGUGCAUGGUCUAGAAGCAGCUUCCUGUCAGAACCAUGCUGGUGACAUUGCUUCUGGUGAUCACUUGGUUGGUGAAACAGUGGUCGGCUUUUUUUGAUGUGUGGAUACUGGAGCACUCCAUAUCCAGGCCCAUUCAGCUGUCUACACAUCAAAAACAUUGGGGGUCACUCUAGAGUAAUCUGCUGUUCUUCUUGUGAUGAAUUAAUGGUUGGAAGCAGAGUUCUGCUGCAGACCUUGUUGAAUGUCGUGUGGACUGCUUGCAGCAGGGAUGUUGAGAUGUUGAGAAAGAAUGAGCAAAGACUCCUUUGGUGGGAUGCUUUUUAAAAGAGGUAAAUGCAGAUACCUGAGUGCUUUGAUGAUAGAAUCCUGGGUCACUGGGGAAAUAUAGGCUUGAUUAAAUGGAAAUAAAUGCAUUGUUAGCCAUAUCUGCCUCAGUUUUGAUCCCUUGAUUGAUUCUCUUUGAAACGAGGAUCUCUGAUGAUAUCAUUAGUAUAAACAUCUAAUUAAGUGUGAUAAGAUGCAAGGAGUUCAUACAUAAAAUUCUGAUUUCAUGUUUUGCAGGAACUAAUUGAGUAAAACAUGUAUCUCUCAUGUAUAUAUCUAUAUGUAUCUCUAUUUCUAUAGACAUGCAGAUAACUCUUAGCUGAAGGUGCAAGAAAUUACAUGCAGGUGUUUGGAUUAUGAGAUGGUUGCUGAGGCCAGUUGAACAUAGUUUACUAAUAUAGGAAGGGGAGAUUUUCAAGUGUUAUUUUGUAUCUUCUACUUUAUUUUCGCCAAGUAAUUUCUGAAUCAUCAGGGACUGGUAGGGAAUUUACAAAAGCUGGCUUUUGUUUCUCUUCUUAUGUUACUUCAAUAGUUUUCAUCUGUAAACAACUGUUGGACUCUUUAAAGUAAAUAUCCUAGAACAGGCUUAUGAUGCCAGCACCACUUAAUGAAUGAUUAUAUUCAGAUAGAAGAGCCAUCCGAUGACAAUGAACCCAUCUUUUCACUCUGUUCAAUAUGUAUAUUUGGAUUUUUAGAAGUCAUAUUAUGGCUGGACCCCUUUUAUAAUUUAUCCCUGUUUCCAAAGCCUGCAAUGUGUGCAUCUACCUUUCUUGAAGGUUUAAAAUAUCAAAUCAUUCUAUUUUGUGAAAAUUAAAAUAUAUUUUGCUUUUUGUCAGA